AAAAUCUCUCAUCUUUCAAAAUUACACGUUCUUCGUAUAGAGAGUAAUGAUCCAUAUGGGCUUAGAUUAGGACCUCAAAAUUUUGAACUGCUCCUUAAGAACUUGACCAAUUAAGAGAGCUUAACCUUAGGUAUGUGAACGUCUCUUCCACCAUUCCUCUAAAUUUCUCUUCUUUUUUAACAACUUUAUUUCUUAUAGACACACAGUUAUUUGGUGUAUUGCCCGAAAGAGUUUUCCACCUUUGCAGCUUGAAAGCUCUUGUUUUAACAUACAAUACCCAGCUCACUGUUGGGUUUCCCACAACCAAAUGGAAUAGCAGUGCAUCUCUCAUGGGGUUAGGUCUCGGUGGUGUGAAUUUUACUGGUAGGAUACCUGAAUCAUUUAGCUAUCUAACUUCACUGCAAAUAUUGGACAUGAGUUUUUCCAAUCUCACAGGGCCCUUUCCUAAACCUAUAUGGAAUCUCACCAGCAUAAAGUUCUUAGAUCUUGGGGGAAACAACUUGAAUGGCCAAAUUGAGUGCUUAUCUUGUAAUCAAAGCUGGACACAACUUGAAUAUCUAGAUUUUUCAUCCAAUUCCCUAACUGGCCUAAUACCUUCUUGUAUAUUCUCCCUUCCUUCACUAACUAAUUUAGAUUUGAGCAAUAACAAUUUCACUGGCAAAAUUCAGGAUUUCAAGUCCAAAACAUUGGAAAUAGUUGUUCUAAAACACAAUCAGCUGCAAGGUCCUAUUCCAAAGUCACUCCUAAACCUCCAGAGCCUAGAAUAUCUUCUCCUUUCUCAAAAUAAUCUCAGCGGACAGAUUGAUUCAACUAUCUGCAAUCUGAAAACAGUGAAAGUGCUAGAUUUGGGAAGUAAUAAUUUGGAGGGAUCAAUCCCCCAAUGUUUGGGUGAGAUGAGUGAGCUUUGGGUUUUGGAUUUGAGCAACAAUAGUCUUAGUGGAACAAUUAAUACAACUUUUAGAAUUGGAAGCCAACUCAACACCAUUAAAUUGGACAGGAAUAAGUUACAGGGGAAAGUCCCACCAUCUUUGAUCAAUUGCACAGAUUUGGAACUUCUUGAUUUAGGUAACAAUGAGUUGAUUGACACAUUUCCAAAAUGGUUGGGAGCCCUACCUUCUUUGAAAGUUUUAAUUUUGAGAACAAAUAAGUUGCAAGGCCCUGUAAAAGAUUCAAGAAAUGAAAAAUUAUUUGCUCAACUUCGAGUCAUAGAUCUCUCUUCCAAUGGAUUUAGCGGUAAUUUACCCCUAAAUCUUUUUGAGAAUUUUGAAGCUAUGAAAUUAAUUGAUGAGAAAAACGGAACCCCAAGAUAUGUAGGAGAUAGAAAUAUUUACUACGAGUGUUCUUUGAUGAUUACAACAAAGGGAUUGUAUCUUGAAUUUGUUCGAGUUUUGACUACAAAUAUAGUUAUCAAUCUCUCGAGGAAUAAAUUUGAAGGUCAUAUUCCAAGCAUUAUUGGAAAUUUCUUUGGGCUUCGUACGUUGAACUUAUCUAAUAAUGGCUUGGAAGGUGUUAUACCAACAUCACUGCAACAUUUAUCUGUACUUGAAUCAUUGGAUCUCUCAUUCAACAAAAUUGACGGAGAAAUUCCGCAACAGCUUGCAUCUCUCACAUCACUUGAAGUCUUAAAUCUCUCUAAUAAUCAUCUUGUUGGAUGCAUCCCCAAAGGAAAUCAAUUUGCUACUUUUGAGAAUAGUUCAUACCAAGGAAAUGAUGGGUUACGUGGAUUUCCACUCUCAAAAUCUUGUGGCGUUGAUGAUGAGGUACCACAUGGGACAACUUUAGUUGAGCUAGAUCAAGGAGAAGAAGGAGAUUCACCAAUGAUCAGUUGGCAGGCGGUUCUCAUGGGUUACGGUUGUGGUCUAAUUAUUGGACUAUCUGUAAUAUACAUAAUGUUGUCAACUCAAAAUCCAGCAUGGUUUUCGAGGAUGGUUGAAGAAUUGGAACACAAAAUUAUUAGUAGAAUGAAAAAACACAAGAAAAGAUAUUAGUGUGUAACCUCCAGGAUUCAAGUCUAAUAUGUUGCUGGUGAUACAAAUAUAAGCCUUUAUCUUCAUAG